UGGUCCUAGUCACGUUAUUCUUUCCCUUCCACUAUGAGUACUCACAUGAAGCAAAGAAUCGACCAAAUCGAACAAAACACUAACCGAUCCUAAUGAUCAACAAGUCCAAAUCAAAUGUCUCUGCAGAAAUUUAAGCUUCUCGCCACUCACUGCAGCACCGUCGCGGAGAGUCCUACGCGUAGUCCGGUCAUCCACCUCCGCCGUCGGAAAACGCUGCGUCUGCUACUCAGCCGAUCAUCGGAUCGGUGGCGAUCACCGGAGAUCCAAAACAACAUCGAUGAACCGACGGGAUCCGAUGGUACCAGGAGCGUCUCCGUGAAGAGAGAUAAGAUCCGAUCUCGGCGGAAACUGAGGGAGCUUUUCGUCUCUUCGCCUCCGGUGGAUAAAAGCGGACGUCUCGGCGGCGGCGAUGAUGCGGGGAAGGAGAUGGAGAGAGCUUUAUCGGUUAACGGCGUGAAUAAUAACGGAGGUAUUGGGGAAGAGUUAACGGCUCGACGUAUGGGCUUUAACGGCUCAGUUAGGCCCAUGUUAUCUGGUACAUUUCGAUGUAGGUUACUUCGACGAGCUUGGCGUCCCGUUCUUGUAACAAUUCCUGAACAAUAAAACUCCCCAAACAUUUUAAUUGAUUGUUUAGAAUUCAAUUCAUAGGUUGGUUUUGUUUUCUUAUUGCAGCUUAAUUCAGUUCUCGUUCUUGAUUUUGGCUAAUUUUUGUGAAUUUGUUUGUGAAAGGUGUAUUUCUUGGUCUAGAUAAAUUUCAUCCGUUUCGGAAAUUGAUGAUUUAGGAGUAAAAAAGGUCGAAUUAUUUUGUUUUCAAUUUUAAUACAAAUUUAUUAACUUUUUAUGCUGUGAACAUCAAUUAUUUUGUAACAAAAGGAAUAUACCGUGAAAACCAUAAAACUCCUAAAACAUAUAUUCUUUAAACUGAUUUCUUUUUCAUAGCGUGGAUCCUGGACUCUGGAAAAUAUGUCAAUGAAAAGAUUAUGUCUGUUCACAAGCAACUGUUCGCUGUUUUCGAUAUAUUAUAGUGGAAAGAGAAAAAAUAAAUUUGAGAAGAGAAAGAGAAAGAGAAAGACUUGAAACCGAUAUUUCUCUCUACACCUCACCUCUAACUGAAUUUCCAUAUACACUUCGAAAGCGAUAUUCUCUUCCAUCGUUUUUUCUCCUCUAAUCCUCUUUUCAAUUCUGUAUAUUUUUCAAAUCGGUGUCGGUCCGGGCUCCAUAUCGAUGUGCGCCGACAUACUCAGAUAAUUGGUUUAAUGGCGGAUCUAGAGCUUCCUCAGCGAAUUCUUGUCGCCGAUUAUGUUCCCACCGGCGAGAGAGUCAAUAUUUACCAGAAAUUAAAUGUGAUAUCUGAGAUCGAGCAUGCACUUGAUGAGGAGGAAAGACAGUUUAUUUACAAGACUCAAUAUGGAAAAUUAUUCGAAAUCUCCGGGAAACCGGCUUGGUCUGGUGCAUUUGCUAUUUUCACCCUCACAUGAAUGGUGGAAGUUGCUAAAGUAAACAAGAUUUUGGCCUUAUUCGCCGGUAAACCUAUUCGGUUUAGUCUCCGUGAGUUCAAAAUAGUGACAAGGUUGUGUUGUGGGAAAUAUCCUCCUGCUGCCAAGAAGAGAAGAAGGUCCAACAACGACGACACAUUCUAUGAUAACUUGUUUGGAGGUGGUAGAGAUAUUUCUGUUAACAAUGUGCUCCAGAUGCUUCAGAAUUGGUCUGUUAUGGACAAACAGGCUAGACUGCGAUAUGCAUGUCUUGUCAUAAUGACGAGAUGUUAACGAUAUGUAUGUUAUCUAGUUAACGAUAACAGAUUAUCUAGUAGUUAAUGAUAACGAUAUGUAUGUUAUCUAGUAGAAUGUUAACGAGGUUUGGUGUAAGGUUUAU